CAUAUUCUUUAGAAGUUACUAAUCAAAUGAGACAACAAGCAAAUAAAAAAGAUUCAGAAGCUGUCUUUCUUCAAAUGUGCAAAGAAAAAAAAUUUGGUGAAAGAGCUUCACCUGCAUAUGAUGGAAAUCUAGUAUAUUCUGUUACUGAUCUUUGUAAUGGUUCUAAGACUAAGAAAUUUGAGGUCCAAAUUCCGACUCAAGAUGACGUUGGUCGUCCAAAAUGGUUUACUGCCAUUCUUAAAUAUUCUCGUCCUUUUGAUCUCAGAGAAAUGAGAGAAUAUAUUAAAGAAAAUAGUGAUCAGCCUUGGGAUGGAACUAUUCAAAAUAUCUUAAUUAUUCUUAACGCGUUCCUCAAUUCCAAGGUUCGUACUCAACAUUUAACUCUAGGUAGGAAAGCAAUCUUUCCAAAACCAGAGGCAAAUAAUCGACGAUUCUUACAUGGGGGUGUUGAACUCAUGUUGGGAUACUGGCAAAGUAUUCGUCCUGGAUGGAAUCAACUACUUAUAAAUGUUGAUAUUUGCGCUGCCACCUAUUAUCCAAAUGGUCCGAUGAUUGAUAUUAUUCCUAAGGUUCUACCCAAAAUUCAAAAUCGAGAAAGAACAAGAGAUGACUUGCGACGUGGGCUUUCCAGUUAUGAUAUUGACGUUCUAUCAAGAUUUUUCAAAGACGUUAAUAUAACAACUACCUAUCGAGGCAGUAAUGGCUUGAAGCAAAAACAUAAAGUCAUAGCUAUUACGUACAAAUCUGCUGAUGAAGUUACUCAAGGCAGAAAUAGAACUACUGUCACUCAACAAUGUCAAAAAUAUAGCACCGAUUCUCUUACUCAGACACAAUUACGUGACAUGGUCGAUCAAACUGCUACUCCACCAAAAGAAAGAUUCGAUAAAAUUACUUUUGCAAAUAAUCAUAUUUACCAACAUUCGGUUGAUGCUGCCUUACGGUCAAUUGGAAUGGAGGUUGGACCUCAAUUCGUUAAAUUACAGUUAAUUCCUGCUCCAAAGUUAAUUUCACACGAAAACUCGGAAAUUGUUCCCCAAUUAGGUUCUUGGGAAUCUAAAAGAUUUAUCAAGGGUGCUGAAUUAUACAAUUGGUCUGUUGUUGUAUUCGAAGAUCCAAAAAUUUUGCCUGAGUCUCGUGUCCAAAAUGCAAUUAAACGAUUGUCGUUAACAAUUGCUGCACAAAAUGCAAUGGCUUCCAACAAAACUAAGCCACCCCAAUUAAUUAUAUGUAUCAUUCAAAAGAAAAUAAAUGGUGCUUCUGGAAUACAUCCACAAAUUAAAAAAAUUUGUGGUGUUGAAUUGGGUGUCAUAUCACAAUGUAUUAUUUCUGAAAGCAUGACAGGAAAAAAUCCCUCGAAAUGGAUGCAAAUUUGCGGAAAUAUUGCUCUUAAAAUUAAUGGAAAAUUAGGUCGUCCAUCUGUGGCAGCUGUUUGUGCGUCAAUGGAUCAGACAACGACUACAUAUGUUUCCCGCUAUCGUAUGAAUAAAACCUUGAAAAAUGAAAUAAUAGAGACACUUGAUGAAAUGGCCAUAGAAUUACUUGAGGAAUUCAAAAAAAGAAAUGGUGGUCUUCCUGAUCAAAUUGUAUUCUAUCGUGAUGGUGUUGCAGAAGGCCAGUUCGAAAAGGUCAUGAAUGAAGAAGUUGAAUUGUUAAAGCGCGCACUCCGAAAGUUUUACUCAUCAAGUCCACCUCCAAAGCUCACGUUCAUUAUCGUGCAAAAACGUCAUCAUGCUCGGUUUAUGCCUGUAGAUUCUAAGGAUGCUGACCCUAAUGGAAAUGGAAAUUGCCUUCCAGGAACUGUAGUUGAUUCCGGCAUUGUGGUGCCUCAAUACUUUAGCUUUUCCAAACACUUUGUCACAUUCGAUGAAAUUGAAGAUACAUUUGGUGGUCGUGGUGGUAGAGGUGGCAGAGGUGGUAGGGGUAGAGGUCGUGGUGGCCGUGGUGGCCGUGGGGGCCGUGGUGGUGGGAGAGUUACUAACGAACCCGCUGAACGUCCAACAGUUAUAAACGGAGAUUGGCAACGCGUAAAACCUU